AUGUCUAAUGAACUACUAUCGAUAGAAGAGACCAAUAAGCUUCGAACACAGCUCGGCUUGAAGCCGAUACCCCUACCGGCAAAUGAGCAACCGCCACAGACGUCGAAUGGAAGCCACGGCCAAGGGAGGGUAAACGAUGCGGUACUGCUGAUAUCUAUCGAACAAACGAAUCAACUCCGAGCUUCUCUUGGCCUUAAGCUUAUUCCGAUCCCAAUUCCAAAGCAGUCUGAGCUCACGCUGGGGGUUGAGACGGCCGAUGCACGCGAUCAGGAGCUAAGGCGGAAAAUUGAGCAAGCUAGGAGCACAGCUGCAAAACGAAAGGCAUCAGCCUUGGAGGAAUCGAGGCGUAAAGAAGAAGAAGGCGAUAAGGAAGAAGAUGAAGAAGAAGGAGAUAUUGACACUGACGAUUGGUUGAAAAAGUUGGGCUCAAAGUCAAAGGUGGCCAAGAAACAGAAAGUACCAAAAGCAAGCAAACCGGACGAGGUAUCAGCCACGAUUGGUCACAGUAGCGCUCAAUUACGAGGUCUACGCAACAACGAAGUCCUCACUUUGGAAGAUAGUGACUUGCUCGAUGGCGAAUCAGAGGCCAUAUUGACAAAUGAGCGUCUUUUGAAGCGCCUGAAACUAGACAGAGACUUGAAAGAGCGACAAGAGGCUGAGAUGAUCAAAUUUAGCGGACUGCAUUAUAGACCGAAUGGUGGUCCCGAAGAGAGCUUGGUGGACGAGGAGGCUGAAUAUGACUCUGACUCAGCAGCAGCAGCAGCAACAACAACUGUGAUCAACAGGGGCAAGGUAGUGUUGAACAGUUUCCAAAAAUCGAAAACAGAAGAAUUGAAACCCACGGGAACUCGCACCUAUUUCCAGAGUCUUUUUGAUGACAUUGAGGAUGCAAGUGAUAAAAACCCCCACGUUGCAGGGCAAGUGGAACUGCAAUUGAAAUUGAAAAAGAUUAAAAAGAAAAAGCCACUAGACUCGUCACGCGCAUCCAGAGUGCGGCGAAUCGGCAAUGACGAGCUUGAAAAGGCACCGAGUACGAUAGAUGUGGAUUACGAUGAGUUGGAGGAUGAGUUCACCAGCUCCAUGAAUGCGAAUAGGCUGGCGAAGCAGAAUCAAAAGAGGAAAAAAAUGACACCUGAGGAGAUGGCAGCUCAGAUUGUGGCCAGUAAGCGUCUUGAGGAUGACGCGACGGGCGAAACGGAGACGAAGCGAGUCGACUUUGCAAGGAGUUUUUACGACGACUACGACGCAUCGGGAUUUUUGAGCAGUUUGGAACUGAAGGUCGCGCUAAAUGCAGAAGCUGAGGAUGUAAUGUAUGAAGGAGAAGAUAAAGAGAGGUGCACGAAUUCCAUUGAAAAGGUUGAACCGAUGGGAACCCAAGCAAAAGGGGAAGAACAAAAGGAAGAAAAAGAAGGCAAGGGUGAAAGUGAAAGCGAAGGUGAGAACGGGGCGGGGCCAACAUUCAAUGGUGGAUUAGCCGACACACUCAAAUUCCUCCAAUCACGAAACCUCAUUGCUUCAAAGGAGAAACAAGCACAAGAAAAGAGCUCCCGGUUCAGAGAAGAACAGGCCAAGAAAUCAGACUUGUUGUCGAUAAAGAUCAAUAUAGAACGGAGAGUAUUGGAAGAAGAAAUGGGCAAAGACAAGUCGUACAUGAAACUUUCCAAAGCCGAACGAGCAGCGUCGUUGGAGAAAGAGUUGGAUAAAAGACUCAGGGAGAAGGGAAUCGUUGAGGCAAGUCACGAGCAAAUUGGUGGAGACGGUGGCCCGCGAACGAGGUGGAAAAGCCGCUGGAACGGCUCUAGUGGCUCUCGUGGCUCAACUUCACACGACCCUGACAAAUUCAAGUUGUACGAGCCGAAAGUGGAGUUGAGCUACAAGGACGACGAAGGACGCGUCUUGAGCACCAAGCAAGCCUACAAGCAUCUAUCUCAUAAGUACCAUGGGACAGGUCUCAGCAAGAGGAAAAAUGGAGCCAAGAGCAAGGACACGAGCAAACUGGAUGGGGCCCAGAAAGGACGCGUCGUAGAUUGA